UUUUUUUUUCUUUGGAGGAGAGGAGAGAGAGAGAGGAGAAGAGAGAGAGAGAGAGAGAGAGAGAGAGAGAGAGAGAGAGAGAAGAGGAGAGAGAGAGGAGAGAGAGGGGAAGCGUUGUCCCAUCUAUUCUGCGACCCGCGGUGUUUGGGGGUGAAGGCGAUGCUGCUUUCAAAGAUCGGAUCACUCGCUCAUAUGUACUCGACAUCGAGUGUGGAUGUGCCGAACAAGAUCCAACUACAGCAAGUGAAAGAAAGAGAGCCUUUUGAGAAACUGUAUCAAGUCGGUGCAGUUCUGGGCAGUGGAGGCUUUGGCACAGUCUAUUCUGGCAGCAGAAUUGCAGACGGUGUGCAGGUCGCUAUCAAACAUGUUGCCAGAGAUCGAGUAUCCGACUGGGCUGAGAUGCCCAACGGGGCCAGGGUCCCGAUGGAAAUCGCCCUCCUGAAGAAAGUGGGGGCGGGCUGCCGGGGGGUCAUCAAGAUGUUGGACUGGUUCGACCGUCCCGACAGCUUCAUCAUCGUCAUGGAGAGGCCGGAGCAGGUCAAGGACCUGUUCGACUUCAUCACCGAGAAGGGCGCCCUGCCCGAGGACUUGGCCAGGACCUUCUUCGUGCAGGUGCUGGAGGCGGUGCGGCACUGCCAGGGCUGUGGGGUGGUCCACCGCGACAUCAAGGACGAGAACAUCCUGAUCGAUAUGAGGACCGGGGAGCUCAAGCUGAUCGAUUUCGGUUCGGGAGCCGUCAUGAAGGACACGGUCUACACCGACUUUGACGGCACCAGAGUUUACAGCCCACCUGAAUGGAUCCGUUACCACAGAUAUCACGGCAGAUCAGCAACGGUGUGGUCCCUUGGGGUGCUGCUGUACGACAUGGUGUGUGGGGACAUCCCCUUUGAGCAGGACGAGGAGAUAAUUUCAGGACAAGUCCUCUUCAGGCGCAGGGUCUCAGCUGAAUGUCAGCAUCUCAUCAGGUCAUGUCUGUCCCUGAGGCCUUCCGAGCGACCAUCCUUUGAAGACAUCAUCAACCACCCCUGGAUGCAGAGUUGCAUGGAUUCACAAGAUGCCAUUGGACUAAGACUGCACAGCCUGAGCCAAGUGGCGACGCAAGCAAAUUAGGACUUGUGUCAGGAGGGCAAUCGAUGCCUGAGAAAGUCAACUGCCUCCACUCCCGCCUUCCUUAAGAGGAACCAAAUAGCUCGCUGCCUCGGGUCACAUUCACUAGAAUCCGGAGUCUCAUUAGUGAGAGGAGUGCUGAAUGGCCAGAUUGAAAACCAACAAACUUCAGUUGUCAUUAACUUGAAUCGUGCAUCACGACAAGCCUGACUCUUCCUCUGCGAGUGCCUUUUAUGAACGCUGGAUCCUACUUACUU